CAGACUGUGCCUGGCUGGUAGUGGAUGGAUGGCUGGAGAUCACCGUCCCCAAUGCGGACUCUGCCCUACGCCUGCUUUCCACAGCCCUGCAGCUUCGUUCUGCCUGGGAAAAACUCCUCCACCAGCUGCUGGAAGGUCGGGGAGAGGAGUCGGGCUGCCGGCAAAGCUCCUGGGACAUAUCUGUGCUCGGCCAGGGGUUGCUGGAGUUCCUGCAGACGGAGGUGACGUGGCCGUGCCGUACCGCCUGCGCCAGCUCACCAGGCUGGAGAAACAGAACCUCUACAUCGGUCCCCAAACUGUGGCUGCCGCUCCCAGGGCUUUUCCAGGGGACGGAGAUGAAGCCCGACGAGGUGAAAGGUGGCCACAGGGUGAUGACGGACUUUCUCACCUACAACUGCCUGGCUACGGACAUGGACCUCUACAGCGACUGCUUGCAGAGCUUCUGGACGUGUCCCCACUGCGAUCUCCACAUGCCCUUCACCCCCCUGGAGUGCAUGUGCCACGAAAGUGCUUGCUGGCCCUCCAAGGCCCCCCCCGGAAGAAGCGGCCGAAAACUCGUCCAAAACCUCUGCCCUCCACAGAUCCUACCACUGCAAUGUUUGCCAGCAGGAUUUUACCUUCACCCCCACGGAGAUCCUUUGGCACAAGAAGCAGCACCGGUGACCGGGGGCUCGCUGGGAUGCUCUCACCAGCUGGUGGUGGAGAUGAUGCUGGGGUCCUCCCCAAUCCCCGGGGAGAUGCAGGAGACCCCCAUAAUGGGGGGGAGAGACCCCCUACACUGCUACCUCCAUUACUCUCAGGUUGAGUGAUGGAGGGUGAAUUAAAGCCCGGCUGAUGUUUCUGGUAGCUGAAUGUCCACACUGGUCUGGUCCUGCAUGCUCUGAAAAACUCAGUUUUCCCCCCAAAAAGCUGGGCUUUGCUUUCCAGGACGUCGACGGUGGUUUGGUUCCUGUGCCACAGGGGACUUUAGCUUUGCUCUGGGCCACCUGGUCUCACUAAAUGCCACCCACAACCAGCCCAGACCCACUCCUCAGGUUUCAAUUAAUCAAACUUAAUAUUCUCACCUUAAUAAGAAGAACCCAACAGCUUUCAGCAAUAAUUGUUAGGGCUCAUAAAGCAUAAACCAGCUCUGGCUGUUGCCCGCCCCUCCUGAAAAAAACCACAAUAUUGCUCUUGCCUUUAAUGCAAUGGCAAAGCCUUAUUGCUUUUAAACUAAGCUUAGAGCAAGUUGUUUACAUAACAGAAAAUUAAAUAAGGCCACCGCAGCCAUAAAGAAGUGGGAUUAAUUUACUUUACUAAUGAAAGCCACAAAUUGAGGUCUUAUGCGAGAAAAAUGCUGGAUUUUUUAAUAAAGUCCUCCAAAUUUCUGUCCCUGUGGUAACCCUGGGGUGUUUGGGAUCAAAUCAGACCACGCUCAUGCCCUGGUUUUGCUCCCCAGUGGUCUAAAGCCAUCAGCUGGAUGCUGGUGUAACCUCAGGGGGGUCAGUCCUGGGUCCCAUCCUGGUCACCACCUUCAUUAAUGACCUGGAUGAUGAGGCAACCUCAACAAGGGGUCCUGGUGGCCACCAGGUUGACUAUCAGCAAUGUGUCCUCACUGCGGUGGCAGCGAAUGGUUUGACUGCAUCGCAGAGCUGCCUUAAAACCUGAGCUUGAGUUUUAAGAAGUUGUUUAAAAGUGGAAAACUUCUUUUUUUUUUUUUCUUUAAAAAAGAUGCUGCUCUUCACCUUGAAUCUGCCCGUAAGAGUGAGACACAGAUGAAGGUCUCUUGUAGUGGGUUGAGAACAGCCUUGUGUACCUGGCUGUUGCUUGUUAAUGUUAAUUAAUGUCAGUGAUGGUUGGGUGAGCUGUUUUCAAUCAGGCCAAUUAAAUGGGUGGAUCGAGGUGGGGGCUGGUGCACUGUGUGCUGUGCUCGUCCUCUUUGAAGCUGCUUCACCAGAGUGGUUGGUGGUCCCAAUCUACUGUCCUUCAUGGUGCUGGGGAGGGGAAGGCUGAGAACAGGAUUUUGGGGGGAAAUCCUGAUUUUUUCACCUUUCCAGAGAAAGCUAGACCAAGAGCAAGGCACUAAUCCUCAUAAUUUCCCUGUAUGGCACCUAUAGAGUCUAUAACACCAUCAAUAACAUGGCCAUCCCACCCUGACACACAAAAACUCCUUUCCCCCCUGGUUUUUUUUUUGGCUUUUAAUGACCAAAAUUGUUUUCCCUUCUGGAUAAAUGUGUUUUAUUGAGCUUGGUUGCUCUGGUAGGAAGAUUUUCUCUUGCUGCCUGCUCUUUGCCCCCAACUGGGACAUCCCCGUCCUGCUGAUGAAGCUCCUUUCAAGGUUGUUUCUGAGCAUCCACCCCAACCCAAGCUUCAUCCUCAGAUGGGUGAAGUCCAUCAUCACAAAUUUCCAACAAGAAAACAAUUUUCCCUUUUUAUUUUUUCACCUACCAAACCUGAUGUUAAAAGACCCCUUGGGAUGAAGAUGACGAUUUACCACAUCUCAUGGCAGCCUGUUCCAAUGGCUAAUUAUCCUGCCAGCUAAUUACCUGCACAUUUCCUUUCCAGGCUGAAUUUCUGAGCUUCGAUUCCCACCAACGGGCCCUUGUGCGUUGCCUUUACUGGAUAAAAACAAGCCGAUAAUAUCGAGAUGGCCAUUUCUUUGGGAGCCAACAACCCCACAUCAAACCCCCUCUUACAAUUCCUUUAAUUAGCAAUGGAAGAAGUUGGGCAAUCUAGAAAAAAAAUCCCAGGGGCUGAGUGCUCCCAAGGAAAGCUUAACGCUUAAAUGGAGAAAAAAAAAAAAUUUAUCAAGCAGAUGAGGGUUUUUUCUUUUACAAAUGAGGGCUUCUUCCCAGCAAUGGCAAGCAGAGAGGGUUUUUUUUUAUUUUAUUUAAUCUCAAUUUGCACACACCAAGCAAUUACCAGCCACCCUCUUCAACUCAAGUGAAUGACCUCAUUUGUUCUUCGCAAUGUUUUUAUUAUUAUUAUUAUUACUAUUUUCCUGAAGGUUGAGGCAAGCGUGUUAGCCUCUAAUUGAAACCAACUGUGUGUUGUUUGGGAAUAAUUAAAUUAAUUGUUUGAAAGGUCAAGUGAGAAGGGGAGGAAUGUCUGUACCUAUUAAAAGUGAGUUUGGAGCAGGUAGGAGGAUACAAGAGCUUGUCCCCAUGCUUCAGCUCCAAGCCAGCAAACCUUAUCCCAUCCUGCUCCUCCCUUGGUGUGUUUUUGGGGCUCCGGAGUAUCUGAUUUAUCUGCAGGAAUCUGUCUUCUCUUCUCCAGCCUUAAAAUUCAGAGCUGACAGCCAGAUUUAUCAGCAGGAAUCCAUCUUUUCUUUUACAGCUUUAAAAUUUACAGAUUUAGAGCAGAAAUUCGCUCCUGCUGCCCUUUAGGUUGUGUACGCUGGGGAAGUAUAUCAUUAAUAAUUAUAGAAUUAAUAACCAAUAACCCAGCAAUGGGUGGAAAUGCUGACUCAGCAUCCUCCCAAGAUUUGUGGUUGGACCAGAAGCCCGGCAUGGGAUUUCUUCCCCUGGAUACAAUGUGCAUCAGCCUUAGGUGAAAUAUUGAGCCAAAGAUGGAAAAAACCUCUUCCAGCUGAAUUCUGCCAAUUUUGUGCUGGUAAUGAACUGGAAGCAGGGAUAUAUAUAUAUAUAUAUAUUUUUUUUUUUUAACUGAGAUCUAAAUAAUUUCCAGGAGAAAAGGGAUCCAAGUCAUUUGCCUGUGGGAGAUGCUCUCAAUAGGAAACUUUUCUGCUUCUUCCAUGCUCUUAUGUGAUACUUUAAAAUUAUAAGGUGUGAGAUGCAAUUAUAAGGAGAGGACAGGAGGCAAAUACAUGUUAACGUCAGUCCUGGGACUGCUUGACAUCACUGCUGUGGCAAAGGGGGGUCCCAAGCCCUCCCCAAAGCAAGCCAGACCCAGGAGUCUCGCUAUUCCCACCACCCCACUUAUUCCAUUCCCAAAUCUGCUGUUUGAUCUUCUUUUUGGGGUUUUUUUUGUUGUU